UUGCAGGAUGGCAGUGAGCCGUACGGGGCUCGGUAUAUCGGCUCCAUGGUGGCGGAUGUGCACCGAACGCUGAUGUAUGGAGGAAUAUUCCUGUACCCCGGAAACGAGAAGAGCCCCCAGGGGAAGGGGAACCCCAUGGCCUUCAUAAUGGAACAGGCCGGGGGCCUGGCCUCCACCGGCCUGCAGGACAUCCUGGACAUCCAGCCGCAGAGCCUGCACCAGCGGGCGCCGGUGGCCAUGGGCUCCGCCGAGGACGUGCUGGAGUACGUGGCCAUCUGCAAGAAGCACGCCAAGAAAUAG